AUGGCUUCGCCGCCCUACGCCACGUCGCCCUUGGCCACGUCGCCGCCGAAUCCAUCGCCGGCACAGCUUCCCAACAAGAAGCGAUCGUCUGCUCUCGAUGUCAAUGCUCCUCCCAUCAAGCGCCGAAAGGCCUCCAACCUGUCCCAGUCUUCAGCGCCUGCCCAUCCCCUACGGCAGACUUCUUUCCCCCCUGAAGCCGGAUCACCGUACGCGCGAUCCCCAUCCGUUGAUGCUACGUCUAUUGUGAGUGGCAGUGCCGUCAGCACAACCACCAGCGGGGCCACCAAGAAGAAGAGAGGACGCAAGUCCAAAAAUGCAAAGGGCGAAGAGGUUGAAGGCACGCCGAGUCUAGUUGGUGGCAAAGCGCCCACCAACGUGAGCGGACAGGGCGGGGACAAGGAGGCCGAAGAUGAUGACGAUGACGACGAGAAUGGGGAAAUGGCGCUGGAAGACUCUGGUGCGCGCACUCAGGAACAGAAACAGGAAGAAAUCCGGCUGAGAGCCAUGCUGGUGGAGGCCUUUGACAGCGAGCAAUACAACCGAUACGAGCUAUGGCGAGCGGCAAAGCUGUCAGAUGCAGUCGUCAAGAGGGUAGUCAAUGCGACGGUCUCACAGUCGGUGCCGCAGAUGGUCAGCACAGCUGUCAAGGCAGUUGCCAAGCUGUUUGCCGGUGAGAUUAUUGAGGCAGCCCGAAACGUCCAAGGCGAAUGGAUUUCUGCUGGUGAGAAGCAGACGGACCUGCCAACGCCGCCGCCGUCAACAGACGAUGCGGACAAGGACGACGAGGCAGAGGAGGCAGAGCAGUCCGAGGUCAAGCGCGGCCCGAUGCGACCUGACCACCUGCGGGAGGCAUGGCGACGGUACAAGCUGACCGGGGAGAGCCGAGGUGUGGGAGUGCAGCAGCUGUGGCACGCGCAACAGGGCAGCGGCGUGGAGAGAUUCUCGACAAGGACAAGAAAGCGAUUGUUUAAAUGA